CCCAUCCCUGCGUCCCGCUAACACGGCGCAGUCCGGCGCGCAAACCGCAGAAUCCCAAAAGGGCCACCUGAGCCCAUGGCAGUGCUCUUGCGGGACGAGGAUUUUGAUGUGCUGAUUGGGAAACUUACAAGCUCACAUCAGAAUCAAGUGGCCGCUUUGCAACGGAAGGUGGAGAAGCUUCAGAAUCAGCUGCAGAAGCACAAGCUACGAGUGUCAUCAUCCCAAUUGAGCUUGGGCGAGGAUGGAGAAACACCUGGCUCAAAGAUUCGGAGCAUGACCGGAGAAGAAAGCAGUGAGGCCUUGUCUGCUGCGGAAAGUGGGGCCUCGGAAGACCGACCCGGGCUUUAUGCCAUACCAAGUGUGGACAAGAUGACGAGGACGCCUUCCACCUCCAGGAAAAGCAGGUUCCUUUUUACCAGCGGCCGUAAUAUUAGCUCGCGAGAUGAGGACAGUGAGGAGUCAGAGGGAUCCAAACGGCGCUGUGCCAAGUUGUUGGCGAAUCCCAAGUUCGAGGCGGCGAUUUGCCUGAUGAUUUUCGCCAACGCGGUGGUCUUUGCCUUGGAGUCGCAGAACACAGGCAUGGAGUUUGGCUACGGCGUCUUCGGCGGAGAUUUACCUGGGCUUUUUUGGACAGGUGGGGACACCUUCUUUAAUGUCUUGGAGAUGUUCUUUGGCGUCGUCUUCACACUGGAGGUGGUGCUCAGGCUCUAUGUCCGGAGGUGUCACUUCUUUUGUGGCAUGUGGAAUUGGUUGGACUUCUUGAUCGUCUUGGUGUGGUUCAUCAGCAAGAUCGCCGAAGACGCCAUGCCCGUGAACUCCCAGGUCUUACGCUUGGCCCGGCUCAUCCGACUCUUUCGGCUUCUUCGCUUGGUCCGGCGCAUCCAGCAGUUCGACAGUCUCUAUUUGAUGUCCACAGCGAUCCGGAGUAGCUUUGGAAUUUUGGGCUGGACUGCUGCCUUGCUCUUCAUCAUCCAGAUGCUUUUUGCCUUGGUCUUGAACCAAAUCCUCUACGGUUUUUACUUCUCCGCAGAGAUUGCAACCUCAGGGAAUGAAGAGUUGAAAGACCGCUUCGAGCUGGUCUACACCUACUUUGGGACUUUCUCUCGUGCUCUUUUGACCAUGUUUGAAAUCACUUUGGCCAACUGGCCACCCGUGUGCCGUGCUUUGACGGAGAACGUGACCGAGUGGUUUAUGCUGUUCUUCUUGAUCCACAAAGUCACCAUGGGCUUUGCGGUGAUCGGCGUCAUCAACGGAGUCCUCAUGCAGGAAACCUUCAAGGUGGCGUCCUACGACGAUACCAUCAUGAUGCGCACAAAGCAGAAGGCCAUGCAGAACCACAUCAAGAAGAUGCAGCUCCUCUUCGAAGAGGCGGAUACCUCAGAAGAUGGGAAGAUUGACCUUGACGAAUUUAAGGAAAUUCUCGCAGAUUCGGAGUUGAAGGCCUGGCUGGGAGCCAUGGAGCUCGACAUCCGCAACGUGGGAGAAGCCUGGGAGCCUCGGAACGCGACCGCAAAGACCGUUCGGGCGGGCUCACCGCCGAGCAGCUGGUCACCGGGGUGGCACGGCUGCAGGGCACUGCCAAGUCCUUAGACUUGAUGAAGGUCAUCCGAGAGCAGAACCACAUCCAUCGGAAGCUGGACCGGCUGGAGCGACACCAACGAGAGGUCCGACGCUCCAUUUGUGAUGUCACCGUGGCCAUGUCGGAUGCUGAGCCGGGGCAACUCUACAUCUCCGUGUGAGGUUUGAGACCUAACAAGUGAGACGAUAUCACGCCUUCAGACAGGCCAAGGAAAGGCCUCCAGCAUGGGGUUUGUGGAUCACUCGGAGCCUUGGGACUGAUCGCCAUUAUUCUUCGUCUCGAG